CAUGCUUGUGGUCGCAAGUCAAAGUGAGAACGUGGCGGACUGAGUGUUUUCUCUCUAGUUGACUGCCAUUUAUUGAACCCGAUUUAAACAUUUAGCCUUCACUAGUGGCUGCAUCUUCAUAAAUGGAACAAAUCGAGAGAUUUAAAAAGAGGUCCGGCACAACUGACAAAGGCAAAGAAUACGAAGAUGUGGUUGUCGCCAGUGUUGUACUAAAUUUAGUAAACGACCAAAAACUAACAAACUUUCACAUUUCAUCAAAUGAUGCAGAUUUCGGUGCUUUUGAUGAUAUAGUGAUAAAACUUGAACCGGAUGAGGGAAACGAAGUACACGUAAAAGCGGUGCAGUUGAAGCACACCGCGACGAAAACUUUAUCCACAAAAAAUCUAGGUUCAAAAAAUGGAGACUUUAGCAUAAAUAGAUAUUACAAAAGUUUUGAAGAAAUUAAGAAACACGCAGAUCAAUUUAUAUUGUUUACCAACCGAUCGUUUAAGUGUACGCACAAUGCAAAAUUUGAAUUGGAAGAAGAAGGGUUUUUUGUUAAACCCGUUAAAGCAAAACCGUCCUCAGAACUUUCAGAGAAAUUAAAUUGUACGUAUCAAUUUGAAAUAGUAGAAGAAAAUUGGAAUGUAGAAAUGCUGCCCAAAAUUCGAGAAUAUCAAAGGUUCUUUGCUAAAUUCUACCUUUACGCCGACCAAGACGAUGUUGAAAAUAUGAAAAAAACGACAGCUGAGAAAUUCACCAAAACAUAUUCUUCGAGGGAGGAAAUCUUCGACAGAUUCCUCAAAACAAUAUCUGAGUGGAACAUCCAAGAUGGAAAUAAAGAAAAGCUUAGUAAAUGGUGGACGCAACGUGUGCUUACGCUACAGCUUCUGUUUUCUCAAAUUGAGCCUUUAUCCUUUGGUGCAGUUAAUGACAACAUGAAGAUAUUUCGAGAGGCGACUGCCUCGUUCGCUAUCACACUUUUGGAAAAAAAAUCAUGCGAAAUUGUUAAACAACUGUGGGGUGAUGUUGGAAAAGAAAAAAACAUUGACCUCAAAGAACUGAACAUAGUGAGGAAGAGGUAUCUGCCUAAUAUCAGACACAUUACUGAUAGUAAUAUCGGCAGUAUAGAUCCAAAGGUUUUCACGCAACUGCUAUGGUUGAUGGAUAUGUGUCCAUUAAUAUUAAGGGAAUGUGAAAACGUGGAAAAAGCAAUCCAGUUAUGUCCCAACAAAAAGUUCAUCUUGGUUGGCGAAGGUAAAUUUGAGGAGUGGAUGAAAAAGUACUCAGUGUUCCAACAUCUAUCAAACUUGAAUAAAGACUACAAACUGCGCGACAAAAUAUUGCAGAAUUUCACUGUAUCAGUCCAAGGAAAGGAAGCACUUGAUCUUGUGACGGCUAUUGGAAGUGAUGAAAAUUUUUUAGAUAAUCUUACAACUGACAAUUUAGUGGAAAUGCUAAACGGUCCAUGUCGUAUAGGCGGAGAAAAAGAAUCACUACCUGAACCUUAUAUCGAACGCUACCUCUCGCGAAAUGUUGUAAAUAUCACAUAUUUAGAAAAAGUCCACGAAAACACAAUUGUUGUUUUAAAUUGUGCUAAUAACUUUGAUAAAGUAAAAGACAUUCUGGAUAAAUGUAAAUUAAUUGAGAUUAAUAACUUUCUACAGGAAGAAAAUCAAAAUGUUGAAUAUCUAACAAAUAAUGAAGUUCCUAUAUUUAAAUCUAGUGUGUAUAGAUAUACAGGUGAAUUAUUUAACGUUAGUAAAUCGAGCUUCGUUGGUAACAACGAAAACAUGUUUAAACUUGAUGAAUCAAAAUUUACUAAAACUGUAUUCGUAGGUAACCGUCAUUAUAGUGACUCUGAACUUCAACAAAUUUGCAACGAAAACAAAGAAAUAAAACAGUUUCACUAUUUUCAAGUUUUGAAUGAUGGAAAUUUAGAGUGGAUCAAAGGCAAGGGUGAUGUUAGUGAUGUCGAAGCUUAUAAAUUGUCGGAGAAAUAUUCUAUGGAAGAAAACGCGUUGUGGUCUUCUCGGUUAGAUGAUAACAUCAAUCUCAUCACUGGCGAUCCGGGAAUGGGUAAAUCUGAGCUAAUGAAGAGUCUUAAAAAUAAAUGUCCCCCGAAAUAUUGGACAGUCAUAAUUAGUCCCAAAGAUGUUAAUUUAUUUUUUCACAACACCAGUUUUCCAAAAACCGCAAAUUAUACAGAUUUAUUUGAAAAGUUUAUCGCGAACGAAAAAUAUCGAUCGCUCAGUAAACUCGAUCGCGAUUUUUUCGAAAUGUGCGUCAAAAAAAACGACGUUAUUUACGUGUGGGAUGCGCUCGACGAAAUUUUAAGCAAAAAUUUUGAUAUCGUUUUGAAUAUAAUCCUCGAUCUCUCAAAAAAAAAAUUGCGUCAGUGGGUUACCAGCAGACGACAUUUAAAAUCAUUUUUAGAAAAAAAAUUCAGUUUGCCACCACUUAGUCUAAACCAAUUUGGCGAACAAGAGCAACAAGAAUACAUUAGAAAACGUCUAAAAUCUUUUAUUUCUGCAGACGAAAUUGAAAUCACGCUCGAAAAAAUCAAAUCGUCUUUUGCGAUUGUUGAACACAUAGACAUUCUGGGUAUCCCACUCCAAAUAUUCAUGCUCACCGAACUGUUCCGUGAAAAUAGCGACAAAUAUUUGACACUUAUGGACAACACAUUCCUGUUGACCGAUCUGUACGAUUAUUUUAUUGACGCCAAAUUUAAUAACUUUUACAAAGACAAAAUCGGAUUUGAUUUUGAAAAUCCCCAAGUGGAAAAUAUAAUUCGUGGAGAAAAACGAAAAGCUUUAGAUUUAUAUGAAAUUGUGUCCUUUAAAGUAAUAUUUCCUGAAGAAAUUUUGCACCGAUUAAAUAUUGACUGCGAAAAAUGUAUAGAACAAAUUUUAGAAAGUUAUGCAGGUCUCGGUCUUGUAAAUGAAUUCCAAAAUAAUGUUCCGCAUUUUCUUCACAGCUCAUUCGCCGAAUUUCUCGUCGCUAUAUAUUUUUCAAAAAAAACUAAAAACGUUAAAGACCUAAUUGCCGACAUACUGUUCGAGGCAAAGUAUAAUAACGUCCGUUUCUUUUUUGACAUGCUGUUGGCCAAAAAUUCCAAAGCUCACAUUGCCGUUUUAUACAAAAAUUAUGAACUACUUAAAACGUACGACGACGAAAUUUUGUCACGCAAAGACGAAGGUGGCAGAAGCGUGUUACAUUUGAUUUCGUCAUGGGGGAAAAGACAUCCGCGUGUAAAAGUAAUGUAUGCAGAAGGGGAAUACAACGUGUACGAAGAUGGCAAUUUCGAUAAAAAAGCGGAAAGCAAAAUAUAUUUAGAAGCGAUGACGUAUUUGCAAGGGAAGAACGACGUUAGCGCACGUGACAUAUUGUUAGAUGCGACGCCUUUGUUUUAUGCUAGAAAAAGUGAGAGGUUAGGGGCGGAAAUACAACUACUUCAAACAAAAAAAGUUGAAUUGAAACAAACAUGCGCCCACGAAGAAAUAAUGAACAUUAUUUAUUAUUCUGCUUUGCUCGGUUACGACAACGUGUGCAAACUCUUCACAGUUGAAGAAUUAAAUAAGUUUUGGUGCGAAAUGAAAUUUGUUACUGCAGAAUAUGCUAAAACACCUCUGUUGUUGGCCUGUGAACUUGGUAAUUUAAAAAUCGUUGAAUAUUUUGUAAAAUCUGGCAUCGAGGUCAAUCGUGCUAAUAAAAACGGGGCGACACCACUUUACGUAGCUUCCAAAAACGGCUACGAAAAUGUUGUCGAAUACUUGACGACAGUCGGCGCUGAAAUUAAUCUAGCUCUUACUGACGGCUGGACACCAGUUCACGGAGCUUGCAAAAACGGCCACAAGAAAGUUGUUGAGUAUUUGGCGAAAGCCGGCGCCGAAAUCAAUAGCUCUAAUAAAAACGGCGCGACACCACUUUUCAUAGCUUCCCAAAACGGUCAUGAAAAAGUUGUCGAAUACUUAACGACACUCGAUGCCGAAAUCAAUCGUGCCACUGAUAACUGUUGGACACCAAUUCACGUCGCUUCCCUCCACGGCCACGAAAAGGUUGUCGAAUACUUGGCGAAAGCCGGCGCCGAGGUCAAUCGCCCUCUUUCUGAAGGCUGGACAUCACUUUAUUUGGCUGCCCAAAAUGGCCACAAAAAAGUUGUCAACUAUUUGACGACAGUCGGCGCCGAAGUCAAUCGUGGUAGUAAUAAGGGUACGACACCACUUUAUAUAGCUUCCCAAAAGGGUCACGAAAAGGUUGUCGAAUACUUGGCAACAGCCGGCGCCGAAAUCAACCGUGCCACUAAUAACGGUUGGACACCUCUUCACAUAGCUUCCCAAAACGGCCACGAAAAGGUUGUUGAGUAUUUGACAACAAUCGGAGCAGAAGUCAAUCGUGCUACUAAUAGCGGUUUGACACCACUCUAUCUAGCGUCCCACAACGGCCAUCACAAAAUUGUUGAAUAUUUGGUGACAAUCGGCGCCGAAGUUAAUCGUGCCAUUAAUAACGGCACGACACCACUUUACAUAGCUUCUCAAAAGGGCCACAAGAAGGUUGUCGAAUACUUGGCAACAACCGGCGCCGAAAUCAAUCACGCUAAUAAAAACGGUGCGACACCACUUUACAUAGCUUCCGAAAACGGUCAUGAAGACAUUGUCAGAUACUUGACAACAGUCGACGCCAAAAUCAAUCAUGCUACUAACGACGGUGCCACACCACUAUUCAUAGCGUCCCAACAUGGCCACGACAAAAUUGUCGAAUAUUUGGCGGCAGUCGGCACCGAAGUCAAUCGUGGCAUUAAUGACGGCACUACACCACUUUACAUAGCUUCCCAUAUCGGCCACGAAAAAAUCGUCAAAUCCUUGAUUGCCUUCGGUGCCGAAGUCAACCGUCCUAACAAGAACGAUACGACACCUCUUUACAUAGCUUCCCAAAAUGGCCACGAACAUAUUGUCAAAUACUUAACGACACUCGGCGCCGAAAUCAAUCGCUCUGAUAAUGAAGGUUUCACACCACUUCACAUAGCUGCCGAACAUGGCCACAACAAAGUUGUCGAAUACUUAGUAACAGUCGGCGCCGAAGUCAAUCGCGCUACUAAUGACGGUUGGACACCACUUCACAUUGCGUCCCAAAACGGACACAAAAAAGUCGUCCAAUACUUGGCGAGCGUCGGCGCCGAGGUCAAUCGUGCCGCCAAGAACGGUACGACGCCACUUUACAUGGCGUCGCAAAACGGCCACGAAGACGUUGUCCAAUACUUGGUGACAGUCGGCGCCGAAAUUAAUCGCUGUGUUAGUGGCGGUUGGACACCACUUCACAUAGCUUCCGCGGAUGGCCACGAAAAAAUUGUCGAAUACUUGGCGACAGUUGGCGCCGAUGUCAAUAGUGCUACCGAUGACGGUUGGACACCACUUAACGUAGCUUCCCAAGACGGGCACAUAAAAGUUGUCGAAUACUUGGUGACAGUCGGGGCCGACAUCCAUCGCAAUCAGAAUGACGGGUGGACACCACUUCACAUAGCCUGUCAAAACGGCCACGAUAAAGUUGUCGAAUACUUGGUAACAGUCGGGGCCGAAAUCAAUCGUGCCACUAAGGACGGUACGACACCACUUAUAGCGGCUUCCCGACACAACCACGAUAAUAUUGUGGCUUUCUUGACAUGUGCGCAAACAACUCUAUAGGAGUAAAAUGUAAGGUUAUAACAUUUACCCGUAAAUCUAACUUUAUUGUAUUUCCAUAUACUUUGAAUAAUGUUACUCUCGAACGCGUUUCUGAAAUCAACGACUUGGGUGUAAUCUUACGGUUUGCUAGUCAUUUUGAUUUUGUUCUGAAUAAGUCAUUUCGAACUUGUGGCUUUAUCAAACGUCAGUCUAUUGAUUUUUGGAAUAUUAGUGUACACAAAUUGUUUGUAACUUUAGUUAGACCGAUUUAUUCUUGAAUAUUGUUUUGUUAUUUGGUUCCCAUUUUAUAAAACCUACGUUGAUCGUCUUGAAAGAGUACCACGUAAGUUUGUCAAUUAUCUACUUUUUAAAAUGAGAAAAUAAGGAUAACUACAGCUAUGACCAAAGGCUUGUACUUGUAAACCUGAAACUACUGGAGAGUAGAAAACAAAAGGCUGAAAUUCGUUUGAGUUAUAAGUUGUUCCAGAAUUGCAUUGACUGCCUUGGCAUAGUUACGUUGUUUGAUAUUAGAGUACCUGGAUUAGGUUCUCGUUGCUCUGAAACUUUUAUACCUAGAUUUCAUCGUACCAAUUGUACGUUUCAUCCACAUAUGGAUAAUAUAGUUAGAUCUAUAAACAAAAUUUCAAAUAAUCUGGAUUUUUUUUAUGUAACUUUAUCUUCUUAAGCAGCUACCUGAAAAAUCUUUAAGUUGUAUGGAUUAGUUCGUUUUAGUUUUUAUGUACUUCUUUUUUGUAAUUACUUUGCACAGUUUAGUUCUAUUUUCGAUGUCAUCUUAUGGAUCUUGUAUCUUUUUCGACAUUUAUAUUAAAAGUACAAAUACUACAACUCUGGAAAUUAAUCAUUCCUAUAUUAGUAACAAUAGUGCUAGAUAUAUUAGUAACGUUGUCUGUGACAAUCCACUGAUUGAACAGUACUUGUCGUCAGGGGCGGACUGGCACUUUGAAAGUGGCCCGGGCAAAAGAUUUAACCGGCCCUGGAGGCGACCCUCAUUUACUACUUAUAGUAAAUUUUGUCUGUGAUAUUUUGUAAAAUCAACAAUUUUACAUUUAUGUAUUAAUUAAUAAGGUUAAAAUAACUAAUUUUAUUUAGAAAUACGCUCAGGAAGUAAAAAGUUGUAGCAAUUUUAUUAUUUAUAUUCAUUAUACCUAUAUUAUACAGAUUAUUUUAAUAAUUUGGCCAUAACGGCACUUUGACCCGACAGUGUAUCUAUAACAAUAUUACAGUCAAUGACAUCUAACAUGAUACUUUCAACAAACAUCAUUGUAAAUGCUUCCAAAUGAUCAUCCGUCAAACUAUGUCGUAAUCUGUUUUUGACAAUUUUAAGCUUCGAAAAACUCCUUUCACAACCAGCAGACGAAAUAGAUAGAGUUAACAAAAAUUUAUACACAAGAAAAAGAUUUUCAUAAGCACUUGAAUAAAGAUUGUGUUUCAUUAAAAAUGUAUAACAAUACAAAGCACACUGUUUGCAGGAUUUGCAGGAUUUUUGGUUACCACAAUCGUCACUAAAAGUUGACUCUUCGGAUACUGUUUGUUUUAAUUGAUCCCAUUUUGCAGCAAAAUCUAAAAGUUCUUCUCGUAUUUGAGACGGAGUAAUUUCGGUAUUAAAUUUUAUUAAAAUAUUGCAUAGUGGAACAAAUAAAUCUGAAUUUAAAGUUUCAGAACUUAUAUUGUUGAAUUGUCGGGGAUUAAAUACAGCAAGCAUAGUAUAAAUUUUUUCGUUUUUAGUAAAUCUUGUACUAAAACUUUGCGCAAUAACGUCCAUAACUACAUUGUAUACAUCAAUUUUAUAUUUUUCAUAGGGGUUAUCAAUACAAUAGUCUGAAGUUUUUCCACCCGACAACAUUUUUUUUUACGAAUUCGCAGAAUAUCUAACUGCGAAUUGAUUAUUACCGUAGACGCGUCGUUUUCUUUUCCCAAUUCAUUAUUUGCCCAUUCUACAAAUUUAUCUGUUGUUGACUUUAAAUGAUCAAAAUCUCUGGAUAUUGCAGUUAAAGAAUUUUUUGUUCCAGUAAUCAUUGUUUGCGCUGUAAUUAGGUCUAGUCCAGAUGUUUGUAAAUAUUUUGAUGUAGGUGAAGUAUCCUGAAAAAUUCUCAAAUACAUAUUGGCGGUUAAAAUGGUUUCAUAUUUUGAAAGUGAAUUUAAGUAGGAAGUUGCUUUAUAUCGUGUGUCAGAAUUUAAAAUUUCUGAUUUUGAUAUACCUUCAAGAACCUCUAUAAUUGUAACAAAAAGGGCAUUACUUGUGUAACCAUAACUUCCAAAAAUUUUUAACACUGCAAUAAAUUUAGAAUUCCAUCUUGUUUCUUCUAUUGUACUUAAAACUUUUCGAGAAGACUCUUUCCAAAUGUCCAUUCUAGUGUGAGAUUCUUUAAAGAAAACAGCAAUACCAUUUAACAAACCAAAUAAAGAUGUACACUGAUGUGGUUUUUGUGUAAUAUCUGUUAUUACUAAGUUUAAAAUAUGAGCAUAGCACCAGAAAUGUAUGUGUUCAGGAUUAGAAGUAGCCAUCCAAGAACUAAAAGCAUUAUAUUGCCCUUGCAUAUUUGCAGCACCAUCGGUGCUACUACCUACACAAUAUUUUAAAUUGAUAUUAUUGUCGGCCAACACUUUUGCUAUUAACUCAUAAAGAGCUUGGCCUUUUGUAGAACUUGUACUUUUUAAUGCAAGCAAUGUUUCAUGCACAGAUUCAUCAUCUACAUAUCUAAUAAUAAUAGAAGUUUGAUUUGUAACUGUACUGUCUUGUGUUGUAUCAAUUUGAAUUGAAUACAUUCCGAUAUUGGUAAUUUUUUCUGAAAUCUUACGCGUUAUUAAAUUUUUGAUAAUAUUUACAAUGGAAUUUAUAGUUGUUUUGGACAAAAAAGACACAAUAUUACCCCUACCUUUCUUGCCACGUGUAUAUUGCUUUUGCUUUUCUAAAAUAACACGAUUAAUAUGUGAAUUUAAUAAGGGGUCAAAUUUUUUUAGCAGUAAAAUAAGUUCCAAAAAGUUACCAUGAUUAAUUUUUGAAUUGGCCAAAGAAAGAAUAUCCUGAUUUCUGUGACCUCUGUAGGCAAUACCACAUUUACCAAUUACUUUUAUUACUUCUAUAAUUCGCAUUAAAAUAUCUCUUCUCUUCUGAACUUGACUUAAACGAAUAUUUUCUUGUUUUGGUACGUAAGACAGUAUAUUUAAUUUUUUCAAUAGCAUCAAAUAUGCUUCAGCAGAAUUUUUGUCACUUUGACUUUUUUCAUGCUCAUCCACUCUACUGUAAAUAUGUUUAGGAUGAAUACUUUUUACACCACUUUUAAAUAUACUAGAUUCUUUGCUGUAAACCAUACAAACUGUACAAAAUAAAGUUUUUGAGUGUUCAUUAUAAGUUAACCAAGUACGCCGCACCCCACUUUUCCUGCGAAAGAGUGUAAUCGGAUUGAAUGGUAAAUCUUUUACAUCACAUGGUUGAAUUGGAUGAAAUUUAAAAAAGCUAUCAAUGUCACUUGUUGCUGGGAUAGAAAAAAAUUUAUUGCUUUCGACGGGUGGCAGAAACUCUUGUUCUGAUACUUUUUGUUGUGAAGAAACAUCUUCCAGAAUCGUUGAAGUGGUAGGUUGCUUCAAUCCAAGUUGCACCGCUUCAACAGGUUCAAUAGGAGUAGUGCUUGUAGAUUGUGCAGGUUGACUGUCACUUUCAACAUUUUCUUUACGCAAUUUAAUAAAUGAAGACAAGGGCUUGUAAAACUUGGCUUGUUCAUCCAAAGCUUUUUUUUUCUUUUCGCGUAAUUUUUCCGCACCGCCUUUGACCACUUUUCUUUUAACACCCUUCCCACUUGUGCUUGGUUUGUCCAUUUCGACAAACUAAAUAGUUUUGAAAAAGCCAUAAUGCAAAUACUAUUUUUACAGAUAAAAAAAAAGUAAUUUACCUUACAGUGAUGAUUAUAAAUUGUCACUUAAUGGAAACCUCACGAUCUACGUACACCCGCAAUGGUUAAGCAGAGACAUAAGACUGAUUCUUAGAGAAAGAUAAGUUUUCGAUUAGGCCGAUUGUAUAUUUUGUUAAGCAUUAAUUAAAAGAGUGUGAAAAUAGUACGUGCUUAAUUACCUAAACGUGCUUUUUGCAUUUCAUGCUUUGUUAAUGUUAUUUAAACUCGAUACAUAUCACGGUGUAUCAUAUUUCGUCGGCGGUGCCGCCAACAUUGUUAAACAAAAUUUAAAAGUUUGACUUUGAGAAAUUAUUAUUAUUGUCUAUUCAGCGUAACCGGCCUACCGGCCCAUCAGUUCGACGGCCCAUCGAGCGAAUGCCCGGUAGCCCGCCUGGCCAGUCAGCCCCUGCUUGUCGUUGUAUGUAUUUAUUCGUUUCUAAAAAUAACUAUAUCAAUAUAGACCAUAAUUUUUACAAGGAAUAAUAAUAUAAGCGACAGACAAAAAGAGAAGAGUUAUUAAUAACAAUACAUUUACAAUAACAGACAAAAUCAAGUUUUAUAAAAAACUACUUGUGUUUUCUCUAUUAUUACUUAAAUACGCAGAACACGAACAUGGUACCGUUUAGUAUUGAGUACAUAUUUACUGAUCCGAUUAUUAAAAAAACUGAGAAGAAGAAAAUUCCAAAAACACACAACAACCAAGUAAAGGAAAACUUGUUCAAGAAUCAGUGAUGGUACUACAAACUACUGACUUUUACGAAAUGCAACACAAAUAAGUAAAAAACGUUCGUACAGAGUAUUAAAUACUCCAAUAUCAAGGAUUAUUUUCAAUGUUCGUUUGUUGUUGUAGUGAUGCCUUCCUGAGACAUCAAUCAGCCAUGUUUCUCAUUUUUCUUCUGAAGAAAUCGACUUGUUCCGAUGAAUUGUGGAAGAAUAUUACAAUAUUAACAGAAAGUGGACGUUUGGUUAUGUGUUUAGGAUGGGCUUGGAAAACUUAUUGACGAAGAGUUUGGAAACAUCGGCAAGAUGAUAAACAGAGAUUUCUAGAAGACAGAUUUAAUGUUUUUCCCUGACGACUUUCCAACGUAGUUGUCUUCGUGGAGCAUGAAAAAAUGACAAAUUUUUGUAAAAAUUGACACAGGACUCGAAGACACACCAAAAGUCAAAACGCUUCAUCAAUCCAUUCCCCAAAUCAAAUAUGUAAAUAGAUGGAUUCAAUAAACAUGUCAAAUAUA